GGUGACCUCGGCGCCGCCGCAACCAUGGGCCGCGCGUUUGGGCAUCUGAUGAGGGUGCAGCAUGUGAUCACCUACAGCUUGUUGCCGUUCGAGCAGCGCGCCUUUCCGCACUACUUCAGCAAGGGCAUCCCCAACAUGCUGCGCCGCACUCGGGCAUGCAUCCUUCGUGUCACGCCGCCAUUUGUAGUGUUUUAUCUUGUCUACACAUGGGGAACACAAGAGUUUGAGAAAUCCAAGAGGAAGAAUCCAGCUGCCUAUGAAAACGACAAAUGAGCAACUCAUCUGGAUAAUGGUUCCUUGUCUCUGAAAGACCCUUCUCUGGGAGAGAUGUCUACAUUGUAGUGUCUUGAAGACACAAUAAACUUAUUAUAGGCUGCAUUGUUGUGAUUUUGAGUUUUGUGUGAGCAGAACCCUUGGAUGUG